CCCGUCCAGCAGGUGCCCUGCCAGCAGCACCCACCUCCCCACACACCUACAGGAAAAAGGAGGGGGAGAGCCCCGGGACACCCGUCCACCAUGCCCCAGAACGUUGUUCUCCAAGGACCAGCACCCUGGGGAUUCAGGCUCUCGGGAGGAAUAGACUUUAACCAACCCUUGAUCAUAACCAGGAUUACACCUGGAAGCAAGGCUUCGGCUGCCAACCUGUGCCCUGGUGAUGUUAUUGUGGCUAUUGAUGGCCUGAGCACAGAGAACAUGACACACAAUGAUGCCCAGGAGAGAAUUAAAGCAGCGGCACACCAGCUAUGCUUGAGAAUAGAGAGGAAAGAGACUAAAUUAUGGUCCCCACAAAUUUCAGAAGAUGGCAAAGCACAUCCUUUCAAGAUAAAUUUGGAAGCUGAACCACAGGAAUUCAAGCCUAUUGGUACGGCUCACAACAGAAGGGCCCAGCCUUUUGUUGCAGCAGCAAAUAUUGAUGACAAAAGACAGGUAGUGAGCUCCUCCUAUAAUUCUCCCAUUGGGCUGUAUUCAUCUGGCAAUAUACAAGACGCACUUCAUGGACAACUGAGGAGUCUCAUUCCUAACUCAUCGCAAAAUGGAUGCAGCACUCCUUCGGGCAUUGACUGUGGCAGUGGACGCAGCACCCCCUCUUCCAUUAGCACCGUCAGCUCUAUCUGCCCCACCGAGCUGAAAGCGGUGUCUAAGAUGGCCCCUAACGUUCCCCUGGAAAUGGAGCUGCCCGGUGUCAAGAUUGUACAUGCUCAGUUUAACACACCCAUGCAGUUGUACUCAGAUGACAAUAUCAUGGAAACCCUGCAAGGCCAAGUUUCUACAGCUCUGGGGGAAACACCCAUCAUGAGUGACCCAGCUCCCACCGCGGUGCCUCAGUCCGACGUGUACAGGAUGCUGCAUGCCAACCAGGAGGAGCCCAGCCAACCUCGUCAGUCUGGCUCCUUUAAGGUGCUCCAGAAUUUAGUCUCCGAGGAAGAUGGACGCCCUGUGGGUACAAGAAGUGUGAAAGCCCCUGUGACAAAGAUACCCACCGGCUUGCCUGGUGCCCAGAAAGUGCCACUGUGUGACAAAUGUGGGAGCGGAAUUCUAGGGACAGUGGUGAAGGCACGGGACAAAUACCGGCACCCAGAAUGUUUUGUGUGCUCCGACUGCAAUCUUAACCUGAAACAAAAGGGCUACUUCUUCGUGGAGGGCCAGCUCUACUGUGAAGCUCAUGCGCGAGCUCGCAUGAGGCCACCAGAGGGAUAUGAAGCAGUUACUGUUUACCCAAAAUGCUAGUCUUACCUUAGCACACACAUACAUGCAUGCACACAAGAAGCCAUUACCAGCUUAGAACUGCAGUACAAGUGUCAGGACUCCCACCUGAAUCCAAAGUAGCAGCUUUUAAACUGUCUCUUCUGGGAAUCUGAGCAAGGUGGAAGUCCCUAUUAACCAGCAGUAACGUACUAUACCAGUAAAAUUCUGUCAAAGGAUUAUCUUUGAAGUUGCCAAUAUAACUCGGUGGAGUAUGAACUAAAACAGCUGUACUGAAAUAACAAAAGUGGAACAGCAGAGGUAGUACAGGAUCACUACAGUAUAUACACACAUCCUGUAAUCAAGACAUUAUUUUUAACAUAAAUUAAGAAUCUGUGCAAGCAGCAAAAAACAUUGAAAGCCUCGUUGUGUUACAGGCUGUGUACUACCAAAUAAAGAAAAUUGACAGAUCAUUAGAAAAGCAGCUAUUUUACAUGGAUAGUACAAAGCAACCAGAUGUUCAUGUCUGCUUCAACCAUCUAUUAUUCAAGUAUCAUUAAUGUGUGCCAAAAAAUAGAUUUUGCUUACUUUGCUUUGAAUUUGGGGUUAUAUUUACUUAAUUUUCUGAUGCAGCAAAUGUGAUGAGGAAUAAAUACCGAUUCAUACAAGAAAAUGCCUAGUGUAAUAAAGACCAUUUAGUAAGAAGUAAAACAGUUCCAUGUUGUUUCAGUGAUUUACAAUGAAAUUGGCUUUCACAUCACUUCACAGAAAAUUGUUCUGAGGCAUGCACACACAUACAUUGCUUUUGGGAAAAAAUAUUCUAAUAGGAACUCACUACAAAUCAAGAAUGAAAGUAAAUUUUAAAACCUUUCUGCAGAAAAUGGUACUGUUAUUUGCCUCUCCAUCACUUAAUUUCCUUAAUAGCUACAAUGGAAAAUAUCAUUAUAAUACCUUUAUUUCUGGUAAUUAAAAUUUGGACAUCUUUUAAAAUGACUGAUAAUUAAAAUAGGCAGGAGAAAGAUCUUUUAUCAAAAGCAUGAUGAACUUCCAAGGGGGAGGGAAAAAAAAUGGAUUAAAACAGUUUUUAAAUCAACUUCUGAAACUCUUCUAAGGAUUGCAUUGCUUUCAGGUAGGUGCCAGCUGUAUACACACACACACACCUGUCUGACAAAUUCAGCCUUAGCAUUUUCCAAAAACAUCAACACCAUUCAUCAAUUCUUAGCAGAAGUGAACAACUCAUGGGCAAAAAAAUCCUACAUACUUUUCCCAUUCUAAAAAACAUAAGAAGCUUAAAAUGUAAACAGAAUACGGAAUCAAAAUUAGAAGCUGUAUAUACUUUAAAUUUAUUUUUAAAAUUGGGAUGAAUCACAAAGCCUGAAAUGAAAUGUUUGUAUACUCGAAGACUUUUCAAGGUGUCUUAAAUUAUCGUUUCUGAAUUUACAUCUUUUUAAAAUGUAUGUGUCCCUGCAUGUAGAAUUUAAGUCUGCAUACCAAAAGCAUAUAGAGAUGCACCCUCCUAAAGGGUGGUUCCUGAAUUAUUUUCUGGCACAAAACACAAUUCUGCUCCUCAUGUAUCAUGGAGGAGCAGAAUUCAUAAAGUAAACAUUAAAAUCAUUUUGGAAGUAAGAGUGCAUAUAAUGUGUAUUUUUACAAACCUGAAAUGCCAUUAGUGUUUUACAAUAAUUGCUUAAUGUUCAUUUAUUUGUGGAGCAACUGAAAGUAAAAAUAAAUCACUACAUACGAUGAAAA